AGGCACCGGGAGUUUACUAUCACCCUCCUUAUCGUAAUGGAGGCGCGUACUAUGAUCCAAAUACAGCGGGAUAUCCGCCCAGUUCACCUCCGCCGGUUUCUCAAGGACAAGGACAGAAGAGGCCGAUUUGUGGUCUGAAGCCUGUUGUUUUCUGGAUAUUUGUUGUGAUACUCUCGGCGAUGGUUAUUGGGGGUGCUGUUGGGGGAGGAGUCUGCGGGACAAUAGUGGCGAGGAAUAACAGCGGUAGUGAUAAUUCAGCGCAAUCUGAUAUGACGAGCACCAGCAACCCACUAACAACCCAAACCCCCACAAAAACAUCGCGAUCCUCCACAACACCGUCAACUACCUCCUCCGCUCUCGUAACAUCCGGCACAACCGGCAUGGCCUCAAACCCCUGCCCCUCCAUCAACGGCACAACCAUCCAAGCCUCAACCGGCUCCCUGUUCGCCGUCUACUGCAGCGUCGACUGGCCCAAGGGCGACGGUGCAGCAAACGGAAACGGGACUGUCAAGGACCUGCAGCCUUAUAAUUUCCAGUACACGUUGGAUGACUGCAUUACGUCGUGUGUUAAUUAUAAUAAGGAUGUUGGGGGUGGGGAGAAGAGUUGUAAAGCGGUUACGUAUGCGGCGAAUUUGACGGCUGCGAGUGUGCAAGGAGGGGAAUUGCUAUCUUAAGAAUAGGGCUGGGAAGUAUAUGGAGGGGUCUUUUGGGUCGAUGUCGGCGGGGGUUGUUGGGGAGUAGGUAGGGAGGGUUGGGUUGAGUUAAGUAUACGUUAAUGAUACAUGAUGCAUG